UCAUGUGAAACACAAUGGGACGAGAUGUUUAAGAAGUUAUAUCGUUUGUCUAACCUCAUCUACUUAACUGCAUAGGGCAUCCGUUCAUACUUAUAAGCCUUACAUUUAACUAUUCAAAGUCUGUUAGGAGGAUGCGUGCUUCAUGAGAUAUCAGCUGCUUUCUUAUACGCCAAACCGGAAAGUUGGAAAAGUGUGAUCGAAAAGUGUGAUCAGAGUUUGAGGACAGAAGUCAUGGCGAUAGCACAUGCCGCUACGGAGUAUGUGUUCGCCGAUUUCGUGCUGAAGGAGCCCGCGUCAGAGAAUCGGUAUAAGGGCAUUCGGUUAGAUCUGGCGCUGGAUAAGAUGGUCACCUGUAUUGCGGUCGGUCUGCCGCUUCUUCUAAUUUCGCUUGCCUUCGCCCAGGAAGUGUCUGUCGGUACACAGAUUAGCUGUUUCUCCCCCACAAAGUUCUCGUGGCGUCAGGCUGGUUAUGUGGAUUCGUACUGCUGGGCGGCAUUACAAACACAGGACACAGGAGGCCUGCCAUUGUGGCUGCAUAAGUUUUUCCCUUAUAUCCUGCUGCUGGUGGCAGUAUCGGUGUACAUGCCAGGAUUGUUUUGGCGGUUCACGGGAGCCCCUGUGCUUUCUUCUGAUCUGACUUUUAUAAUGGAAGAUCUGGACCGUUCCUACAACAGAGCAAUCAAACUGGCCAAACACCUUCACACUUCAGGAGCACUGGACUCCCAGUCGGCCCGGGUGGACUCGCACAGCUCUGUGCUGGACCUUACCGAAAGCUGUUUCAGAUAUCCUCUGGUCGAACAGUACUUGAAGACCAAACGCUUCUCUCGUGGACUACUGGUCCAAUAUCUCAUGUGCCGCGGAGUCACCUUCUUGGCCCUCCUAUUAGCAUGCGUCUACCUUUGCUAUUACAUCCGCCUCUCCAUCACAGAUGAGUUUCAAUGUGACAUCCGGUCUGGAGUGGUUAUCAAUGACUCCUCAGUACCCCCGGCCAUGCAGUGCAAGUUAGUUGCUGUUGGCAUCUUCCAGCUACUGAGCUACAUCAACCUGUUUGUGUAUUUGCUGCUGUUGCCAUUUUGCUUGUAUGCCAUGUUGGUUCCAUUCAGAAGGACCACAGGAUUCUUGAAGCCCUACGAGAUACUGCCCACGAUAGGGGUAAUGCAGUUUGGGAGGCUGGCCUGGGAUGAUCUUGCUUUAUAUUUGCUGUUUCUGGAGGAGAACCUGAGUGAGCUGAAGAGUUACAAAUGCCUAAAGGUGUUAGAGCUGUUGAAGGAGGAUGGAGAAGUGUCAUUCGACAUCAUGCUGUUGUUGCGUAAUCUUGGACAGGUAAAAACAGACAUGGUGGAUAGCAGAUUGCCUAAAGACGGGAAAACCUCAAACAUCAAUGGCACAGAGAUGAAAGAGGUUUCUCCGCUUCUGCAGAAGAACAGCUUGAGAAAGUGUGAAGAUGAGAAAGUUAUGCGCCAGAGGGUGAUCUGAAACGCUGUUUCUAUGGUUACCACACUGCCAGCAUUCUGCUGAGGCUCCCAACAUCUGGAAAAUAUAGAGGAAUAUAUUUUCCCUGCAAUAAAUGCGUAAUGUUUUUUUCUCAGGACACAUCCUAUACUAUAUACUACUAAAGAAUGCAUGCACAGCUGAGCUCCCAGAACUCGGCUUUAAGUGCUUUUUGCAAGAAAAAUAAAUAUAUAAUUUGAAAUAUUGAUGUUGUUAAGCUUAAACUCACAUGUACCGAUAAAAAUCAAGGUUAGGAAUUUUUAUAGAAGAUGGUGAUACAAAAUUAUGAUGCAUUCAAAUUCUGUUGUGCGGUUUAAUAUUACUUCAAUGCUUUUUUUGUAGCUGAGUUUUAUUUUUAAACUCCGUUUUAUUGUACCUUUUAAUAAUAACUUUGCACAGAAGAAAAUGUCUGGCUUUAACAGGGAUUUUGUUAUCACCAUACUAAGUAAAACAGCAUAAUGACUGUGGGCAAGCACCUAAAGAAUGCCACAUUGAUUUGGAUUUUUAAAACUGAAUGUCAUGUGUAUGGAAAUAAACUGGAAGCGAUUCCCUGAUGCAGUUUUAUAUGCUUCUAAUAGACAGAAAUCAAUAGUAGGACUGUGUCAAUGUUGUCCUAUCUACUGAUGUUGAGACAAUGUUGCAAUUGUAUAUAUAAACUUUUUUUCCUAUUUUCAUGUGUUUGUACAUUAUUUUGAAUGUUUAUUUUGAGUAGAUUCAGAGGCUCGAAACUAAUUACACAAGAGAAACGUUGCAGUUACUGUAACGGGGAAAUGGAAAAGGAGGCGGCGUGAACUGGACGAACCAUCAAAGUAAUAAAAAUGUAUAAAAAACAUUGUGAUCAUAACAAACAUAAAGCAGCUGUAUGUGGCUCUUUCCCUUUCCCAAACUGCUGCAUCCGUCUGCCUUUAUCCCUCUCCUCGGCUGAUUAGCCCGCACACCUGGCCCUCCUCGUCACAUUCCCCCCUCCUUUGCCUCAGGCCGGGGAACCCCCGGCAUGACACCCCCCCUCCGGCUUUCUCCUUUGAUUGCACCUACUGGCAGGCUUUUCCCCGCCUCUCUAGAGCGAGAGAGAGGAAAUACCUGGUUCGCCGGCACCCAGAUACGCUGUCGACACUCAGCCACUCCCCGACCUCUGUCAGACGACUUUACAAAACCUUCCAUGUACUUCUCCAUCUGUGCUUGAAUGUGGAUUCACGGGGCUAAGGUUCACUAGUGUCAGUUUGUGAUUUACCUACAUUUCAUAUUUGCAUUUGGCAGACGCUUUUAUCCAAAGCGACUUACAGUGCAAUUAUUACAGGGACAAUCCCCCUGGAGCAACCUGGAGUUAAGUGCCUUACUCAAGGACACAAUGGUGGUGGCUGUGGGAUUGAAGCAGUGACCUUCUGAUAAACAAUUAUGUGCUUUAGCCCACUAUGCCACCACCACUGUAUAUAUAGUGUAUAAACACUGCUGUAUACAACAAAAUGGGAACCGCAUUAGAAUAUUGAGGUCAUGUAAAACAUUGACAAAAAUUUUGGAAAAUGGUACAUUGCUGUCUCAUGUAGUGCACAGAUUGAUUUUGUAAUUUAGUUAGCAUUCAAGUUUUUUUUGCAUAUUUUUUCCAGAGAUACCAAAGAUUCUUGUGCUUUGUUUCACUCUCUUUGUUUAUCUCCGAAAAUAAAGUGAUUGAUAUUGCACUUUGGGAGAUCUGGAAUGUUUUCCUGGUUGUGUGUAUGUGUGCGUGUGCUUAGAUGUUUUUGAGCUGAAGGAAAAUUCUGAGUUCAAUACAAAAUAAUUUCCUUCUGGAAUCUACAUAGUUCAGCUCUUUUAGUAAGCACAUAAAUAAAACAAAUGCACAUACAGUACCACUAUAACACCAACAGCUUUAAAUUAUGGCUGUCAAUUUAAUGUGUUAAUUCAGAUUGAUUAAUUAUAUAAAAAAUGAAUGCUAUUACUCAGAUCCCAGACGGAACAAGGAAUAUUCCUACCAUAAGUGCAAUUCAAGUUUGACGUACCAUCUGUUUUCUCCAGAGAGUUGUAAGUAAAACUCCAACUGUAUGGGCAGCAUGUAUCUUAUACAGAGAACAAACCACACUUAUCUACAGCAGACAGCACAAGAUGAGGACGCAAUCUUGCAUUCAAACACGGCUAGAUAGAAAACAACGUCUUGAGAUCCCUUCGUUUGGCUUUGAGCUCUAAGUUUCAGUCUACAUUUAACUUCACACAGUGACCUUAAAACAGUAUAUUUACAUUGAUGCAUCCUUAGACAAGCCCUUAUAAUAAAUCUGACAGAUUGAUGAAUUCAAUUGCAAAAUGUAUUA